GGUAGGGUAUAGCAAUAAAACUGGAAUUAGUAUAAUAAAAUGUCAUCUUGAAAAUCAUCGUAAAAUGGAAUAUGAAAAAAGUCAAACAACUUAUUGGACUUUUGCUUUACUGGAUUAUUUGUGA